UGUUGUAAAUUACCAUCGUUUGUGAAUUUCAGUGAUCUGGGACUGGAUGAUCGAAUCGUUACUCCGAAUGGCUACAUGACGGGUAGCUGUAUAGGGCGGUGUCCGAGAACGAGACACAACGGAAGACGAAACAAUCGUGAUCAGACUCAAAUUCCUACCGAACGAUCUCGUUCCAGACGCUCGCGAUGUAAACCUGCGGAAACAUCAUCAUUAACUGUUUUAUUAUUUAAUGAAAAUCAUGACUUGAUGCAAGCUGAACUUUCAGGGCUUGUUGUAAAUUCUUGUACAUGUAGG